UCUUCCGUCGACGCGUUCAAGUACUCCUCGCGCUACCUCUGCGUCCUGACAUCGCACCUCCCUCGCGCUAUACCACCUGGCGACAUAAGGGAAGACGCCUCUACCUCCUCCCUAGCUUUGAGGAGGCCUGCUCAUUGUGCGCAUAGUCCAUUCCGGCGCAGCCCUCACGGAUUAUGACUCUUAUCACCCUGAGGGAAAGCCUCGAACACGCUCCGAAGCGAUGCACCUUCGGCCGGCGAGCGAGGGAUAUAUCUCACUCCGUCGCCCUCGUAUACGCCAUGCUGUUCCGGCCCCCUUAGGCGAUGAGUAUAUGUAUCGCCGUCCGCCGAGCGAGGUUCUUUACUGUCGCGCGACGCUCCCCGCGCUCCUCGCCACCCCCUCCUUUCGCAUUUCCACCGACUUCAACACGUCACGAGCGCUCGGAGCCGAUGCUCACGUGAGCGGUUCGACUUUUGCACCCGCUCGUCGCCGUCGCCGUCGAACGCGGGCUCGCGGCUAUCGAACGCUGCGCUAUCGUCUGCAGUCCCCCUCGCACCUUUUCCGACGCAGCGCGGCCGCUUGGGCGUCGAGCGUCAUGGCUUGCUUGUUGAUGUUUGGCCCCCGCCUAAGAGGGCAGGGACGUGCUUCCCCGUCGUAGUUUAUUAGUUACAUUUUGACUUUAGAGUACAAUGAAAUCGUGUUCAACAAC